AUCUAAAACAAUUUCCACCUAAAAUUUAAUUUAGAAGGAAACGAACGUGUUUUUAAUCCACAAAUUAUAUACCCUUAUCUUUCUUCAGACUUUGCAUUAAGACAUGCGUGGUGAUGAUUCCACUGCUGGGUAUCACGUGGGUAUUUGGUUUUUUGUUACCAUUGCACAAAGCUUUUGCCUACAUUUUCACCAUCUUCAACUCUACUCAGGGUUUCCUGAUUUUCGUCUUUCACUGUGUGCGAGACAGCCGGAUUAGAGAGCGUUUGAAAAGAAAGAUGAACACAAUUCUUCCAUCUGCAGACAAUGAACGCCCUGCAAAGAAAAGUUCGCAAGUUAAUCCAAGAGAUGUCGGCAGUGCUUGGGCAGUUGAAUUGCAGUCGUUUUAUGAAUAGCAGUAUAAUAUGCCCCUCUCCUCAGUUGCUUAGUUCAGCCAUAUAGUACCGUAAUGUCAGUAAAAUCUGGUCGUCCUGAUUCGACCCGUUAGUCAGUAUUAUAAUGUUAUUGAACAAGUCAUUAGAGUAGCGCUGGUGAUUGUUGUUGACAUAAGUUGAUAUUAAGGAGCGCGGUGAAUAGUGCAAAUUCUUUGUUGUCAACUACGCUGAGCCAAGUUUGUUCGACAUGUUUUCUGCUUGAACCGCUUAGUGGUACCUGAAACUGCCUCUUGAAAAUGUUGCACGCAGAGUGGACGUCUGAAACAAAAUUCUUCGUGGAGAAGCAUAGGAGCAGAAUGCGUGUAGUCAUACUCAUAGACAAUUAAAACAUAAGGAUUUUUUUUCAAAGGGAUUUAUUAAAUAACUAUACUACAUCGUAACACUAACGCAAUAUUAUUUUGCAGUAAGUACAUUUACAAGGUUCUAGUUCUUGUCUUUUUGGCUGCAAAUUACUUUAUGUGCACAGAGUUGAAUAAUUCCAAUGUUUCACAAACUUUCGUAA